AAGCGCCGGGUUAGGACGUGUAUAAAGAUCGCGUUCAAUGCUAUAUCAUUUUCCCGCGCGAAAGUUUUCGAUCUAACAAAAUAGUGACUUGUAUAGAGUUAUAAAGGUUCUGCUAUUGAAAUACAGUGUUUUGAUAAUUUUAAAAUUGUGUAGUGUUGGGUAAAGUGCGGAUUAAUAUUUUUAUGAACAUAACCGAAAAAAAUCUCCAAAUGUCAGAACCGAAGUCAAACUAAAGUGCCAAAGAAGCGGUCAAUACAAUGUGAAGCUAAUGUCCACCCACACAUUCAAACUCACAUGAUUUCUAUAGCUAACUUCACGCAUACGAAUACCCACACACAAAUACACUACAAUACAACCACAUACAAAAAUGCCACACAAAGUCCGCGGGACGGGGCGGAUUUUUUUGAAAAAUUCGACUACCAAAAUGGAUCGUACAACUCGACUACUUUCGAGAUGUCGAACAAUUAUACGGAGUACGCAGAGAUUCCGUAUUAUAUAAAAGCAACGUCUAUGACCUUCUGUAUAGUUAUAAUGUGUUUGGGCGUCAUAGGGAAUGUUAUGGUGCCAAUAGUGAUAUUGAAGACUAAAGAUAUGAGGAACUCGACGAAUAUCUUCUUGGUGAAUCUCAGCAUUGCUGAUUUGAUGGUGUUGUUGGUUUGCACCACCACUACGCUGGUGGAGGUCAACUCGAAGCCGGAGACGUGGGUGCUUGGGAGGGAACUAUGUUUAGCAGUUCCAUUCAUCGAACUGACGGUAGCUCACGCAUCCGUACUGACCAUCUUGGCGAUAAGCUUCGAGAGGUACUACGCCAUCUGUGAGCCGCUGCGAGCUGGCUACGUCUGUACCAAGACUCGCGCUACGCUCAUUUGUGGGCUGGCGUGGUUCUUCGCUGCCUUGUUUACUAGUCCAAUCCUGGGUGUCGCCACGUACACCCACGAGCGAUACCACGACGGCACUGAAGUCCCCGUCUGCCUCACCCAAGCCGACACCUUCUGGUCUGCGCUGUUCUUCAUCCUCAUCAUAGCGAUCUUCUUCAUCAUCCCCCUCGGAGUACUCCUCGUCCUAUACAGCGUCAUCGCCAAGAACCUCAUGGAGAACCCUGUAAUAAUAGCACAGAAUACUAAAAACACUACAAACGCUGGUAAUGUCGUUAGGUACAGAAAGCAGGUCAUAUUAAUGCUCGGUACAGUCGUCCUCUCAUUCUUCGUAUGCCUCCUUCCAUUCAAAGCUCUGACUUUAUGGAUAAUCGUGUUUCCACCAGAGACAAUACUGUCAUUAGGCAUAGACGGUUAUUAUAUACUGCUAUAUUUUUGUAGAGUAAUGUUGUAUUUAAACUCCGCGAUCAACCCUAUAUUGUACAAUUUGAUGUCAUCCAAAUUUAGAGAAGGGUUCGUUAAGUUGUUAAGGAUAAAUAAGUUGAUGAGAUGCGGUAGACAUUUAAGGGAAAACAUGCAAAGAAGGGACACAUUCAAUACCACAACAUCAACAGGCUUUUCGAGCAGUCAGAAUACAUCAGACUCCUUUUGGAGACGGUACAGUAAUAGAGCUUCAUCUCAAAAGUACUUCUUCAACAGAGAAAGCAAAAAGAUAAAAGAAGUCAAAGAAGUUUUCGACACAAAAGUGCAGCAAGUCAAAAUAGGCGAAAUCAUCAGUGUUGAAAACACAAGGCGUAAUAGCAUGAAAAUUAUAGCAGCUCUCAACGAACUGAACGAUGAUUUAGAUGAGGUAAAUAAAAAAGAUAGCGUGAAACGUAAUAGUAAUAAACUAGCAACUGUAAACAGUUGCAAUGAUGUGCAGGUAGAUAUACAUAACGCUGACGAUGAAACUGUCAGUUUAACGGAGAACAAUAAACAGAUACAAAUAUUAAAUUUAGAUGUUAAAACUAAUAAUGUGUAUUCGGUAACAUUAGAUGUUAGCGAGCGAAGCGACAGAAACAGGUUUGUAUGUGUGCCAGCGCAAGAGAGUAAAAAUAUAUUUGUAUACGACUUUAAAAGUAACGAAAGUUUCGUGUGAAUGUACUUAGUAUUUUGUAUAAUUAUUGUAUCUUAAGCCGUGUCCAUAUACGCAUAAGUUCUUCAAUCAGAUUACCGAUACACCGUAUAUUUUUUUCGUACAGUAUCAAAGAUCCGACGAAAUUCAUUUAUUUCAAAUAGGCGUUUACAAGCUCUUUCGAAACGUCAGGUAAUAAUAUUAAACUUAAGAUAAUGGUGAUAAUAAUCAUUCGAAAACUUAAAAUUAAAGUUACGAGGGUUCCGAACGCGCCUUGGUCCGAGAAGAGCCCACAACAAACUCAGCCAAGGUUUAUUUUUUUUUAUUUAUCACCAUUUUACAACUUAUUUAACUUUUUAUUAACUAAUAUCAUUUUUCGUAACAAACUUUGUACCUAUAAUUCUUAUCACUUUUUUAGUUUAUUCCAUAUAGCAUCAUGAUAGCGUUUAAAAUCAUCUACUUCUGUGUACUUUGAUGUUAAAAAAAUAUUCAUCAGAUCAAAAUUAAUUUAUUUCAAGUAGGCUUAUACAAACACUUUUGGAACGACAAGUUUGACUACUUGUAAUGACUACCGUGUUACUAUACGUGUCGGAAAAACGAAUAUAUUGGCCAAUAUAAAUUUUAAUAACAAGGCGAAAGAAAAAGCUUUUCCCACUCCAAACUAUCGUCAUCGAGUGGAGAGUUCGUUCUAAAAGCGCCUUGGUCCGAAAAGAGCCCACAACAAACUCAGCCAAGGUUGAUUUUUUUUUUGUUUACCACUAUAAUUUUUAUACUAUACAAGGUUCAUUUAUUCAUUUAUUUGUUGAGAAUACACACAGUAUAUUCAGAUGUUAUUGAAGGUAAGACGCAAUUUAAUUGAACUGUUUGAAAUAUUACAUUGCGUCUUACCUCGUUUAGUCGGAAGGGAUUACAUUAUUUUGAAUUUUGGAGUCACAUGUCACCUGCGUAGCGAAAUGGUCAUGCUUUCACGCCAUUUCAAUAGUCUUAUCGGAUCGAGCGAACGACACAAAUGUGGACACGGCUUUAGCGGUGCGUUUGGCCAAUCGCCAAGUAAAUCAAUGCAUUUAGUUAGUCAUAGUUAGACCGAAUGCCUGCCUGCCAGACAUACCUAAUUAUUGACGUGACAACGUCUUAUAAUUCGAUAGAGCCGGCUGCACACUCGAAAAAAGAUGACGUCAUGCGUCGUUCUAGGGUUGCCAACUUUUUUACAAGAAAUAAAGUAUAUUCUGGUCUAUGAAGAUUAUUGAACAGUAUUUAAGAAAAACGUACAUUUUCUUCUGAAAAAUGCAACCAUUCUGUCAGUAUUUUCUUAUGACGUUACCACGUUCAACUAUCUUCAGUAAACCGACUUUACAGACAACCGAUUUUUUUAAAAAAUUUUGCCAUAUUUUUUAAAUAUGACCAAUAUUCCUGUUCCCACGAUAAGUUGCCACAAGCCUGCCACAUGAUUCCUCAUUUUAUCCUCUAGAAAAUAUCGAAAAAUUACAUUGUAUACUCGGUCUAGAAUUCUCUGGAGCCUUGAAACGUGCUUUGCGAAGCCACGCAAAACUCCAUGAUAGGGUAGUUGACUCAUAUCUUAUUUAAUUUAAAUAAUAUUAAUUUCGCACAGUACAUGGAAUAAGGGUCCGAAAUAAUAUAUCGAUAUUAAUUAAUAAAAGUUACGGAUUUGUUAUAAAACUUAAUUUAAAAAUCGUAUAUAUUUUAAAAUUUUCCAAACGUCAAAAACGCUAUCGUCCAUUUUGUGACGUAUUGUGACGUACUAAACGUCAAACUAAAUUAUGAGCGUUUGACAAAAAUAGUAGUCUUUAAAGGAUUUGUUAACGUCAUAGAUGAUACAUUAUAUAUUGAGAUAGAUACGCAACUCUCAUUUCAGUUAAAAAAGUUAUAUACCGUGAUCACUAGAUGGCGCAUUCUAAUUAGAUUUAUUGGCUACCCAUAGAUGGCGUUCUCUCUACGAGUACAAUCUAUAUUUUUGUUGUGACUAUUGCUGUUUGUUUUCCUUAAUUCUUAUAUAUUAUUAAUGAAAAAAAUUUAACAUAAACAUAAUAUUUACAAAAUCACCUAUUUCACUAUAUAAUACUAAUAUACCCAAAUAUUUAAAAUUGCCAAAUUUUAUAAAUAUAUAGAAAUAAGGAAAACAAACUGCAAUAAUCCUUCAAAUAUUAAAGGAUUUUUAAUUAAAGAAAGAAAAGAAGAUUCUUAUUAUUCAACGAUUUAUUUUUCUUUUGUGAUUAUGAAAAUAUCUUAAUGCACUUCAGCAGCCUGAUAACAUUAGUGCACCAACUAUGAAUAUUGACGUUUAUGAUUAUAAAUAACCACUGAUAACAUCUACACACUGGUCACCUUUAAGAACACGUAAAAUUGCUGGCGACAUUUUCGCCACGCCGUUUCGCAACACACCGGGCCGCCUUCUGAGCACAAUUCCGAUGGUGGUCGAGCAUGUCCCAUGGUUAAUUAUUAACUAUGCACACCAAAUCCUCAAGUAAUACCCAUUAUAAACACUUAUUUGUACCGAUUACAUCUUAUUUUAAUAUUUUUCGUUCACCACUGUCACCAUGUUUUAAAUUAAACUCUGAUCCCGAUUGUGUACUGAUUUUUUAUUGACAUACCUUACAUUGCGUAAAAACAUCACUAUAGCAACAACAGAAAAAAUUCAAAGACAGCUAAACUGUCACAUUUGAAACUAUUUUUUUUUUUAAUUUUCAUAGAGUUUGAACAGGAGUGAUUUUAAUCAAAAAAUGUGCUUCAUGCGUGCCAUCUAUAUUGUGCCUGAGAAAACUUUGCUUAAGUUUUUGUACCGUGAGCUCUGGAGGGCAGUACUUCAUACAAAAUAUUUUACGUAAGCGAACUGUGCGGAAGUUUCACCCCCAUGGUUAACGUUAUGAAACAGUUGAAAAAUAGACACGCAUGGCUAACAGCGUUUUGGCUCGUAUUGACAAAUAAAUAUGUAAUAUAAAUUAGAAUUAUCAUGUAAUCAUGUCAAAAAAAAAUAUGAUAAUUUUUUUUCAAUCUAGUAGAUGAACGAUAGUAAUAGAAAAAAGUGUCAACUAGCUUAUUGGCUACCGUAUAGUUACUUGCCUAUGGUCGGAGCAUGACAAUCACUCAGCCUUUCUAAAACAAGGUAUGUCUGACAACCGCAGGCUCAAGGUCUAUAGAGGAAAUUAUCGAAAUAUACCAUGUAAGUUCCUAUAGAUUCCAAUUUUUAUACAUCAAUGUACCAAUAUAGUGUUACCAAUUAAAUUCCAGACAAUCAAUAACAUGUACGUAGACAAAUUAAUAGAUUAUACCUAUACUAUGUUAAGUAAUUAAUGAUAACAAUAAUAGACAUUAAUUUUGUCCAAAACUAUUAAGACAAUGUAAUCAACACUGCCUUCUUUAUGUGCUAUGUUAAAUAAAUGUUAAUGAUUUUUAUUAAAUGCUUUGUUUUUCUUUUGUCAAUUUAUAAUUCACAAAAUAUCCAAAAAAAAACUGUAAAUUUUUAAAUAGGGAUGAUGACAGUUUUUUAAAUUGUAUAUAAAUUAAGAGUAUACUAAUAGUAAAGCAAUUUUGUAAAAGGAACAGGGUAUCUGCGAUCAUUACUUUCGGAGCUACAGGGGUUUAAAGGGUCAGAUUUGCGGCGCUGCCGCGGAUCCCUUAAAAACGCCCCAUACAACAUGGCUCGAAAAAAUGACGUCAUAGGCAAUGUAAUGAUCGUUAGAUUUGUAUGCGCGUUCAAACAAAAUUACUAAUAUCUUUGUUAUUUGUGCGUUUAUCUUUAUAGUUCAUUUAUUGAAAAAUGUCACAUUUAAUGUAAGGAAGCUAAAACUGUAUGAAUUUUCAUCUAAUUACGAUAAAAAAAUUUUAAUAGUUUUUGAAAUUUUAUAAUUUGAUUUAUUUUGCAAAUAUCCAGACAAUCUUUGCUUUUUAUGUAUAAAUUAGUUAACAUUGAUCCUAUUUACCCGAAUGUAUCAUAAAAAUCAAUAUAUUCAAACCUAGUCAUCAUCCCCAUUGUAA